AUUGGAAUUAAAAAAGAGAGCGGAACGAAUAGCAAAACAGCAAUAUCACUUCAAACUAAAAUAAAAAUCUCUAGGUACCAGAGAUCUCAUUCUUUUCCUAUCCCAGUUGCUCAAACACUAUCCCAAUCCUAGCAACCAUCGACACAGUGACAAAUUGUUUUGUUUACCUAUCAGCUAAGUAAAAAUUUUGUCCGUGCAUAAAGUUUAAGCGUCUUUGCAUGGUUUCAAGCGGCGCACAUUUCUUUUGGCAAUGUUUCACUAUCUGGCGGCUUCGACCGAUGAGCAGCAGCAAUGCUCGACUGAGCAUACGAAUCAGAACGAUGAAGACUCGCCACCGGAACUGCUCGAUCUCGCCAUCGUGGGUGCCGGCAUGUCGGGUUUAAUGGCGGCUCGAACGGUGCAAGAGAAACGGGCCGACAUCCACUUUCGUGUGUUUGAAAAGGCUGCCCAUCCGGGCGGUUUGCUCGGUGGGUUAAAAUCACGCUGGAUAACAAGACACCACUUUCACGCGAUGAAUCUCUGCCGGGAGCUAAACAUCCCGCUGGCCACGGUGUGGCGUCAGUCGGAAGUAAGCGAUACGCGACGCUCGCUACAAUCAAUUGGACCGUUCGGUAGGCUGUCGACGGACGCGGAACGAUCAUUCAUUGCAUCGAUGCGCGAAAUGUUGGUGCGGCUCGAAAGUACACGGUUCAUGAGUGAGCUGGAUUGUCUCUGCACGGUAAAGUUCAUACCAAGAAAUGCCGAAAACAUGGAUGACUUUCUUUGCAAAAAGCUGCUGUUCGAAGCGUCACGCAGAUUUUUUCGUUUUCUCAUCAAAAUUGGUACCGGGUUCUAUCCGACCGAGCUGACCGUGUCCGACUGUUUGCGCGUGUUCCGUUCCAUGUCUUCCGUGUGGGAUCUGUACGGUAUGCUUACGUUACAGAACGGUCACCUACAACCGGUGGGUUCACCGAACUGGGAUGUACUCGUCGAACAGCUCGUGUCGCGUAUUAGCACCGAAAGUGUCAAUUAUUCAACGAACAUUGUGCAGGUGGAAAUUAUCAGUGAACAGGGGCGCAACAUUGUAUCCCUUACCGAUUCGACCGGGAAGCGGUGGCAGGCCCGAUACGUUAUAUUGGCCAUAUCCUGUUUAGAUCUGCUACACCUUAGGUUUGGGCCGACACAGCCACCCUACUUCCAGCAACCGAACAGUCAGCUGGGGCUUUGGUCGAUGGCCAACUUUACCGUACGCUAUCCGGCUCCGUACUGGCGUGAUCACGACUACACUGGUUGCAUUUUCAACCCCGCCCAAUCCCUAAUAUGCUACGAAUCGGGUCACAAUCAAUUAUCUGGCACCUACUUUUCACCGUUGCGAGGCAUUGUCGAUGAUACCGAGCGCCAUCUCAUACGCGACACGGUGCUCCGUCUGCUGCGGAUGCACUUCAACUGCCGCACGAUGCAGAAACCGCUGGAAUGUACCAUCGAAAUUCACCCGAUACCAUUCUACUUCGAUGUAUUCCCUACGUUCGAACGGUGCGUCAUAUUUGCUUCCACCAACGUGAGCUGCUGGUAUCGUGGCUUCAUCAACGGCUCGAUUCAGGGCGGAAUACGUGCCGCUAUUUUGGCGCUGCUGGAAAUCCGGCCACAAACCAUCACCUUCCGGGAGGUGACCGAAAUGCAGUGCAUACACUUUAAAUACUUUCAACACCGGUCGGACUACGAACGGUUCUGGUACUCGUUGAAUCUGGCCAGCGUGGGCCGGUUCGUACUCGGAACCGGCGCGGUCCUAUUAACCUUAGGUGUUUGCCGUGUGAUACUCAACACUAAGUUUUGGUGCAGCUGGUUCGUUGGUGAAAUGCCUGUAUAAAUAUAAAUUUAGCGUCUUUAACACCACAUCUUUUAGAAUGAUUUUCAAUACAAACUCUGCAAGAUGCUUCAACGUGUUAAUUGCCGCCUUCAA